AUGGCUUACUUCUUGAGUAUGACACUCUUCUCAAUCCUCUCCUGGCACAACUACCUUCGAGUCCGUGCCUUUCUAUUAGCAGGAUUGGAUUAUGCGACCGCACCCUUUGCUCUCAAGCCUUUCAGGUUCAGUUUCAGUCUAGAGGCUAGGAGUGAGGCUCUUUUCCUACAGUUUCCGGGAAUAACUACCUUUCCGAUCCGAUAUUAUAAGUGUAGGAUUGGCAAAGUAUUCGGUGCACUAGAUCCUAAGGCCGCAGGCUUAACUCAACGAUUUCCGCUCUUAAGGGAGAGAAGCAUAUAG